CACACACUCGCAAACGUUCCAACAAACCACUACUCUCUGGUACGGCACAUACAUACACACGCUGCUCCAAAAAAGAGUAUGCCAUUGCGUCGGGGUGCGAACGGGGGUUGGCAGCGCAUCUCCCGUGCCCAAGUACGCCGCGAAGAAGCCAUCGCGGAAGCCGUACGUCGGACGCUCGAGUUGGACUCCACCCCCGAGUACGCCAACGAUAACGCAGCGCGCAAAGGAACCAACGCCAUGAACGCACAGAAUCCAGAGGGUGUAUACAGCGAUUGGGCGUCGGAAGGGAUGCGGCGUGUCCGGGCCGAUCAAGUCGCGCGGCGUAUGCGGCACUUGACUACAAUGGCAGCCCUCGGUGGGUUCCUCUUUGGUUAUGACACCGGUGUCAUCUCCGGGGCCAUGCUCAUGAUUCGGCGAGAAUUCGUCUUGACGCCCUGGCAGCAGGAAGUUGUAGUUAGUAGUACCGUACUGAGUGCCUUUUUUAGUUCCAUCGCGGGUGGAUCGCUGAACCGCGUUUGGGGCCGUCGGCCCUGUAUUCUCCUAGCAGCGGCCGUCUUUACCGUAGGGAGCCUUGUGCUCGGGGGCGCGUGGAGUUACCGUACACUCGUUUUGGGACGAAUCAUUGUGGGAGUCGGGAUUGGUCUGGCCUCCCUGACUACGCCAAUGUACAUUGCCGAAAUGGCCGCACCCACCUUUCGGGGACAACUCGUCACCAUCAACGCCCUUCUGGUGACGAUUGGACAGUUCGUAGCCGGUAUGGUGGACGGAGUCUUUCAUGGACUCUUGCCCGAGACGGGAUGGCGUUACAUGCUCGGCUUGGCGACCCUCCCGAGUAUGAUCAUGUUUCUGGGAUUCUUGGCUUUGCCCGAAAGUCCUCGUUGGCUCGCCAUGAACCAUCGGCAAGAAGACGCCACCAAGGUGCUUCAACAGUACCGCGAGACGCAUUUGCCAGCGUCAUCGCCGGUCGACGUCACCUUGAUAACGAUGAAUGACCAACGCUUUUUGCGACACUUCUUCGACAUGCUUUCCGACGGCCCAACCCGAAGGGCGUUGAUUCUGGGUUGCGGUCUCAUGGUGGUGCAGCAAUGUUCCGGUAUCAACACGGUCAUGUAUUACGCCGCGAGCAUAUACGUUAUGUCCGGAUUCGCGGAAUCUACGGCGGUCUGGUUGUCAGGUUUCACGGCCCUGGCUCAAGUGCUCGGUAUCGCCGUCAGCAUUGUGUUAGUUGAUCGGAUGGGACGUCGUCAGCUUGUACUAGGUAGUUUGGGUGCCGUUGCGGUCAGUCUCCUGGGAUUAGGGUUAACCUUCUACUUGGCCCGGGUAACCUCGGAGCCUGUGAGCAAGGCCUUUGGUCAGUGUGCAUCCCAACCCGCCUCUGUAUGGAACGGUAUCACCGCAUACUGCUACGAUUGCACCAACAUUGAUGGAUGUGGUUUUUGCGAUGGCCACUGCGUCCGUGGCAACGAGCUGGCACCGUUGGAUCUCAACAUGUGUCCUAACACCAGUGCCGAAUCCUGGGAGUUCCAUACUUGUCACAACGCCUUUGGCUGGUUGUCCGUCUUUUUUAUGGUCGCCUACCUCUUCGCCUUUGGCGUUGGCAUGGGUGGCUUGCCCUGGACGAUAAAUUCGGAAAUUUAUCCCCUUCGACAUCGGUCGCUGGCCGUCAGCUGCUCCACGGCAACCAACUGGAUCGGUAACCUGAUCGUGGCGGCAACCUUUUUAUCGUUGAGUAGUCCCGCAACGUUGACCACCUACGGUGCUUUUUGGCUGUACGCCAGUGUGGCCAUCGUCGGACUUCUGUGGUUAUACUUUGCUCUACCAGAAACCAAAGGAUUGUCCUUAGAAGAUAUUGAAAAGUUAUUUCGACGACCAGGCGACGGAUACGACGUCGUGAAUAUGGACGAUGAUGAGCCCGACGAUAGAUUGCUAGACAAUGGACUUGCGCACAGUACAUCUUCGGACGAUGAUGAUAAUGACGACGGCGGUGGUUGCGAUCAAGAGGUACUGAACACUCAGAAACUAGAAAACCAAGAAUUGUCGGCGUGAGCAGCUCGCUGACCCCAGCGAUACGGUUCAGCAAUAUAUGUACUACUUGUAUAGGAAACUCCAAUAGAUC